AUGAGCAACGGCGAGGAUAUGGAGGAAUCAGGGGAGGAUAGUGAGGAUGACGACGACAACGACACAGAGGGUGAAGCAACACAAAACAAAGGCCAAGAAGUUGACAAAGAAAGAUUCGAGAAAGCUGAAAACAAUGCAGAGAGCUCAGAUGAAGAGGAGGCCAACAAAGAGCGUGAGGGCAAUGAUGAACAAGCAGAUGAUGGUGCUGAGACAGACGAAUCAGGAGAUUCAGAAGAAUCAGAAGGAGCGGCGCCACAAAAGUUAGAGGAAACAAAUGACAACGACAGUGAGGAGGCAUCAAGCGAAGAUGAAGAAGAAAGCGUUGAAGGACAAGAGAAGACAAAAGAAACACCUGCAAACAAGAUUGAGGAAGAUCUGCGGAGAAAGGCUGAGGACAAAGACCAAGAAGAAAAUGAGAGCGAUGAUGACACUACAGAUGAAUCGGAAGGAGAAGAGAAGACCAAAGAAAUGCUUGCAAACAAGACUGAGGAAGAUGUGCAGGGAAAGGCUGGGGACAAAGACCAAGAAGACAAUGAGAGUGAUGAUGACACUACAGAUGAAUCGGAAGGAGAAGAGAAGACCAAAGAAACGCUUGCAAACAAGACCGAGGAAGAUGUGCAGGGAAAGGCUGAGGACAAAGACCAAGAAGACAAUGAGAGUGAUGACGACACUACAGAUGAAUCGGAAGGAGAAAAAGCUAAGGAAGCAGAACAAGUGGUACCAACAUCGACCUUCACCAGCCCCUCAAUGGGAGUGGCAUUGGUUCAUGGAGAGCUUUGCGAGCCCACUCCAACCUCUGUCGCACCAGCGCAGGCGGGCCCCACAAAACCUGCACCGUGCGAUCUGCCUGAUGAAGAACACAAAAGCUCAACGCAAGAAGCUGAUGAUCAAGAGAAUGCCGAAGAGGCAAGUUCAGAGGCUGAAGAUGAAGAGGACAAGAAUCAUACAUCACGCAAAAAUCGCAAAAAUGAUGAAGAAGAUGAAAAAGAAGCAACUCAGGCUGGAAAGAUAGACAAAGCAAAUAAGGAGAAGGCUGGAAGCAGGGAAGAAGGCAAAGAUGGGGGGACACAUGAAAACCAUGUUGACUCUGCAGAAAGCUCAGAAGAGAGCUCAGACGAAGAGGACGAAGAAGAGACCAACAAAGAGCGUGGGGGCAAUGAUGAGAAAGUAGAUGAUGGUGCUGAGACAGAUGAAUCAGGAGAUUCAGAAGAAUCAGAAGGAGCAGCGCCACAAAAGUUAGAGGAAACAAAUGACAACGACAGUGAGGAGGCAUCAAGCGAAGAAGAAGAAGAAACACGCGUUGAAGGAGAAGAGAAGACAAAAGAAACGCUUGGAAACAAGACUGAGGAAGAUGUGCAGAGAAAGGCUGAGGACAAAGACCAAGAAGACAAUGAGAGUGAUGAUGAUACCACAGAUGAGUCGGAUGGAGAGGAAGCUAAAGAAGACAUAGAGGCUGGGGGAGAGAGUGAGGAAGCAAAUUCAAAGGAUGAGGAUGAGGAUGAGAGGGUGCCUGAAGCGAAAGGUUCCCCAGAAAAACUCAAAUCCUCAGAGCAAGAGCAGACUAGCGACGAAGAAACAAGUUCCGAAGCCACCUCAGAAGAUGAAGAGGAAAAACGUGAAGCACAGGAGACGGCAGCAGGUCAAGACAAUGACAAAGGAACACGUGGUGAUGAGAGGAUGAAACAAUCAGAUGAUGAAGAUGAAGGCAAAGAUGAGAGGAAAGGGCCUGAUGAAAGCAAAGCACAAGAGAACAUGAGCCACGUGGAUGCCGAGAAGGAAGAUGAGGAAGGAAGUGAGGAUAGUGAGGAGAUGAACGGAGAUGAAGAAGCAAAGGAGGAAGAUGAUCCAACGUAUGAAAUGGGCGAUGGUGAGAGGAGUCAUCAAGAGCCAAACCAACAUGAGAGGAUGGCAAAGACUGAUCUUGGAGAAGGUGAGAAAACGAAAGAGGAGAACCGUCGAGGAAAAACGAUGAAUAAUGAAGCAAACGAGAACAAAGAAGCAGGCAAGCUCAACAAUGGCAAGAGUUCCUGCCCAAACGGAUUCCCACAAGGACGUCCAAGUGCUGCUGCUUGUGGUUUUUCAACCACGGGCAUGAGCCAGCGGCAAAUACAAGCGCGAUUGAAAGGUCAGCCCAAGAGGAAAAGUUUAAAGAAGAGAGAGGAAUGCGUUGACUCAACUGAUGAGUCGGUAAGCAUCAGUCCGAUGGAACUGUUAUCUGACUCUACUCCAAAAGCCAACAAGAGCAGCGCUAGUCAGAGCCAUUCAGGAAGCAGCUCAACUACGACGAGCAGUACAAGCAGCAGCACAAGCUCUUUCAAAAAGCCCGAGGGUGAAGAUGCUGCGGUCAUGUCCGCAAAAAACACAAAGAAGACAAAAGACAAUGAGGACAAAGGCAAAGAGGAAGGGUCCGUGACAAAGAAGGCAGAGAAGACAGAGGCCAAAGGGUCUGCAAAAAGGACAAGCAAGACAGGGAACCAUGAGGACAGAGACAAAGAGGAAGGGUCCUCGACAAAGAAGACAGAGAAGACAGAGGCCAAAGGCAAAGAGGAAGGGCCCACAAAAAAGACAAAGAAGACAGAGGACAAUGAGGAUAAAGGCACCGACGAAGUGCCUACCAAAAGGACAAGGACAGAGAAGACAAAGGCCAAAGGCAAAGAGGAAGGGGCGGCAAAAAGGACAAAGGCAAAGGACGAUGAGGACGAAAGCAAAGAAGGGGACAAGCUGAAGGCUGGUAAGUUGCGCAUCCGAAGUCCAAUUCGAGAUGCUCGACAGUCCGAUGAGGACGUGCCCAAUCCCAACAACAAGACCAAGAAGGAUGGCUGGAAGAUUGAAACCCGGAAGCGGGUGAGUGGGAAAUUGAUGGGGCAAGAGUACAAGGUGGAGCUUUGCGCUGGCAAGGCUAACCUGUCAAAGGCGAUGAAGAUGUCAGGAUAUCAAGGAAAAGAAUUUGAUGUGAUAUACUCCAAAAAUCACAACCUCCUCAGAACCGUGGGGUUUAUAGCUGUGUUGGCAGCUGUGUGGAACACUCGCCCUGGGGGUGUGCUUGUAUGUGCUCCGCCAUGUGGGCCAUGGAUAUUUCUCAGUUCUUCUGUGACUGGUAGGUCGUGGACAAACCCAAACGGAGAUCCCACUUCCCGUUGCGUAUUGCUAGCCAAUAUCUUUGUCAGAAGAAUGAUGUAUGUGAUGUACUUUGCUGUCAAACGGGGUGUUCGACUUCUUGUAGAACAACCUGCGUCCAGUGUUAUGUUUGUAUGGCCACCUAUGCGGAGAUUCCUUUUGUGGGCGAAAUGCAGGAGGCUGGCCAUUCACAUGGGGGCUUAUGGGGCUCCCUCUUUGAAACCAACAAUGUAA